UCAUAUUGUAAGAAAAAAAUUUUGCUCCUUGAAAGAAACUCUUCGGAAAUUAUCAUCUUAAAACAGCUCUCGGUAAUUUAAAAUCUUCUUUAAAGUUUCACUUUCCUACAAUUUUCGACAAUUCUCGAUACAGUAACAAUAACACCGAGGAAAAGAAAAUUGACAUAUUCUGUUUUUAACAUAAUAUCAUUUUCUCCCCAUUUGCGUUUUUUUUUUAAGCUACUUUAAGGAAACGUCUUUUAGAUCUUUCGUAUUUUAUUCAGAAAUCCGUAACCCCAAGGGGCCCAUCCUGGUAUACGUCACUGUACCGAUUUACCGAGUACGGUCGUGGAACAGGUCGCGACGUCGCGGCCCCACAGUCGCGUCGGCGCUCCGUUCGCCAGCCGUCGUCAAACUCGUUCCCUGUCGGGCACUCCUGACGCGCCUUCGUUACUUCGCUUGAGGAUGUGCAAACCAUAGUGCGAAAUCCGUAAUCUGCGUAAUCUGAAGAGUACGCGAAUCCAAAGUUACAUUGGAUCCGUCAAAGAAUUGCAUUCGACGAUCGGGGUCCUCAGUGGAUCCCGGGGAGGACCGCGAUGUCUGCACGCACCGCGGCGGGCCCAAGCCCGACUUGAGGAGACACGCGAAGAAGAUAAACCAUCAAUCGAUUUGUGAGCAGUGUCCCAAAAAAUUAAUUGUUUUUUAAUAAUAUUAUUAAUAUCGAAAUAAUAACAAGUCGGCUAAUUCAUACAAUAUUAAAGAAUUUUUAUUACAAAAUAUUGUAAUAAUUAAAUUGAAAAAUAAAUCAUUAUUGCCCGAGGAGCGAGAGAAAGUAGCGAUUACCGUUGAUUCGCCAAAAGACCUCGGAAGAAUUGCACGCAAUGUGUGUCGGGGACUCCAGUAACAUUUUCGCAUUUUUAUAUUUUUCAAAUUAACCCGUAAUUAACUGCAAGCUCUAAAAUUCAAAAUAAGAUUGCCUGUUGAAGGAGCAAGUUGUUUGUGAGCAAAAGCGCGAAAGCUGAAGAGUAUAGAAGAUGCGUAAAGAGAAAACAGACUUGCGUGAUGAGAGGGAUAUGAUAAAAGCAGCGUGAUAAUAACGUGUACACGUUUCGAGAAUAAUCACCGACUUCAUCGGCAAUUCCUAGCACCAUCUUUGAACUAAACGGUCAUUUCCGUGGCGUCAAAUUGGACCUCCGCUUCGGAAUACCGUAUUUGGAUCUGGUUGUCGACGAAUAGUAAUUUCUUCUAAUAAAUAGAGAUUAAAUGGAUGAUUGUGUUAAAAUCGAUGAGGUGUGCGUAUCUCGUAAAUAUCGAGUGAUCUGUGUGAAUAUCGAAACGAUUCGAGUGAGAUUGCAGUGCAAACCGGAUGAGACGUAUCGAAUGGAGUGACGCUGAAAUUUCUCGCAGAUCAUCGUCAUCGUGGAUCAUCGAUGUAGCGCGAUGUCGGCCUGGUGGCCUGUCGUGGCAGCGACGCUGUGCUUCUGGAUAUGUGCUGGGAGCCAAUUGAGCGAUAAUACACCGCCCAUAAUGUGGCUGGAUCGGAACUGGAGGCUUCCGGAGACCGAACCGGUGGGAAACGUCAUAACCAGGGUCCGCGCCGAGGACAACGAGCAGGACAAGUUGACUUACGGUCUGGAGCCACACGAUCAUUACAACGGGAACAAGCUUCAGCCGCCAUUACCCUUCUUUAUCGAUAACAGGACCGGCAUAGUUUUUCUUAACGAAACUCUCAAGGGAAGAGCAGGCCAGAACCUGUUACUCUAUGUGACCGUUUCUGACGGUCAGCUCACCGCGAAGACUGAGGUUUAUGUCAACAUUGAGAACGCAUCGGCACCGAAUCGGGGAAAGACGAGAAUACCAUAUUCAAACCAACAUGGUUCCGGUGGCCGGAUACGACCGCCCUUUGGGAUACCUAAUAUCGGGAUACCAAAUCUGUCGAGCUUCCCCUCACCUUUGCCACCUUUGCCGCCGAAACAAUAUCAUCCCGAAACCACAAAACUUGAAAUAGAGAAACUAAAACCUAAGGAAAAUGACAGCAGUGUCGGUACCAUUAGUACCAAUACUGCCACGGAAGAGAGCGUCCGGAUAAACGAAGUGGAGGGUACGGCGUUGAGUUCGAAGGUCACACCCUCCGCCGCGCCACCCUCGCAAGACAUGGCGAUGACGUUGGUCCCGGUGGCGGCUGGAUGCGCCCUCGUUGUGGGCCUUGGCAUGGGCGCUUGGUCCCUGAGAAACAGAUUCUGUGGCAGCCGCAAAUCCAAGACGGGCACGAAGGAACAGGCAUCAGUCAGUGUUUCUAAUUUAUCCGAUGAUCCUUCUCUCGUCCUGAAGAGGUGGCGAGGUCCAAAGGCCCAUAACAAUCGUUAUCAACCGUGGGAGAAAGAAUUUCAAACAGGCAUUCAGAAUAAACAGGAGGAUAAAUGGGAAUUUCCCAGGCAUAGAUUAAAGGUCUUUAAUAUCCUCGGCGAGGGUUGUUUCGGGCAGGUGUGGAAAUGCGAGGCUCUAGAUAUCGAUGGCAAAUCCGGCCCCACGAUCGUGGCGGUGAAGACUCUGAAAGAGAAUGCCACCGAGCGAGAACGCUUGGAUCUUGCUCAAGAGCUACGCGUCAUGAAGAAUCUAGAUCCCCAUCCCAACGUGGUGCGGCUUCUAGGAUGUUGCACCGAACGGGAACCCAUGUUCGUCAUUCUGGAGUACGUGAGCGGCGGCAAGCUGCAGAGUUUUCUCAGGGCCUCCAGAGAGGAAAGAAAUCACGGAGGGGCAGGAUUAACCUCCAGGGAUCUUACUGGAUUUGUGUACCAGAUCGCCAAAGGUAUGGAAUAUCUGGCGUCAAAGGGUAUCAUUCACAGGGACUUAGCUGCCAGGAACAUUCUAAUCGACGAGAAUCGCGCGUGCAAAGUGGCGGACUUUGGCUUUGCCAGAGACGUAGCGGCUAAUCAGAUUUACGAGAGAAAAUCUGAAGGUAGACUGCCAAUCAGGUGGAUGGCACCUGAAAGUUUAUACGAUAACAUAUUUUCCGUUAAAUCGGAUAUCUGGAGCUUUGGCGUCCUGAUCUGGGAGAUCGUGACAUUGGGAUCGACACCGUAUCCUGGUCUUGCUGCUGCAGAGGUAAUGAGAAAGAUCAAAGAGGGCUACAGAUUAGACAGACCUGAACACUGUAAAAGGGAACUCUAUAAUAUUAUGUACUACUGCUGGGACAAGGAUCCGGCGUGCAGACCGUCCUUCGGCGAGCUCGUUAACUUGACCGAAGGUUUACUGCUUGACGAGACAGAUUACAUUGAGCUCGACAGGUUUCCGGAUCACUCAUAUUACAACGUGCUCAAUCUCAGCGGAGAAAAACUGUAAAAUUCGCGUGAUGAUCACUAACGUUAUGUCGUUGAUCUGAUUUUCGUAUAGAUAAGUUGCCACAUAUUUCCACAAUAUCAUUAUCAUUUGAUUCAAUACAUUUACACAUAAUGAAUUACACGGAGAAACAUUUUAAACUAAAUUAUCAGGCUGAUAAUUAUUUUAUCCCUCUAGCCAAAGAGGAUUAUCAUUUAUAUGACUGAUCAAAAAGCAAUAUUGCAUUUUGCAAUAAUGAGUUUGCUCGAGAACGAUUUGAUCCUUUUGCUCGCCACGGCAUAAGACUGUUCGAUCGUUCUGUUAAAUACUCACGUGUGCGUACAUACGAUAAAUAGACAAUUCUAAUAACUAAGAAUGGAAAAUAUAAUUAAACGUGACGUCACACUUACAAGUCGAAGAAAAGUAUUCCUAAUACUUUAGUCGCUAUUCAUGUCUAGACAUGAACUUGUAUAUAUGUACUGAGUUAAAACAUUGUUGUAAGUUAUUGUACAAUUGUGUGUAAGAAUAAAUAAAUCUACUUACAUAGUA